ACACUGUACUUGUGGGUUCGCGGCCCCCGUGUGCGCCACCUAUUGCUGUCCGCAGGUAAACAAAUCAGGCGAGUCCACUGUCUAUAGGCUCGCUUAGUUGUGCAGGAAGGGAGACACUCUGGGGAAAUGUACGGAGGGCGCGAUGACGGGAGCCAAGUGAGCCAGGGCCGUGACGUGCGGGGCGCGGCAAGCACAGGCGAGUGUCGCUGAGCCAGUGUGUCGUGCCGGCGGGCCGCAGGGCUGGUAGGUCUGUGAUUCUCAUAAAAAUUCAAUAUGGCAUCCAAUACCAGUGAUCAUAACACUCAGGUAAUGGAUAAGUCUAUGAACAACAGUAACGUAAUAACUAUAACCACGAGUGAGACGCUCAGGAUAGACGGAGACCGAGGCAGCCUGCACCUGCAGGGGGCCGGGGCGGGGGGCGGCCAGCCCUUCCAGAAGAAGAAAAGUUCCUCCUUCCAAAUCACUAGUAUUACCUCGAGGCUUAGCAAUGACGGCGGCGAGGACAGUGCGGACGACACGGAGGACAUCUCCGACAUCAUGGACAGCUCCAAGGUGACGGACCUGGACCAGGAGACGCCCAGCUACGAGGACUCCCGCAGCGAGGAGGUGUUCUUCGGCGCCCCCCCGGUCAUCCCCACCAGCUCCCAGUACGGGAUCACGGCGCUGGUGCAGCAGACGGGCUCCGGGGGCGUCAUGACGGCCAUGCUGCCCCAAGGGGUCACGGUCAACGUGACCGAGGGAGGCAUUGCCCUGGCCAAGGCCGAUGGUGAGCACGAUGAUGUCAACCACUGGCAGAACAGGUUCAAGAUUGUCAAGAUUGACUCCAACGAGCCGUUCAAGCGUGGCCGCUGGAUCUGCUUGGACUUCAUGGACUCCCCGGCGGUGACGGCAGCCGGCAGCGUCAAGAAGGAUGAUGGCACGACGGUGGUGGUGGCCGGCACGCUGCUCAAGGAUGGGGAGGCCGCGGACCACCAGCCCCAGACGGUGGUGCAGCUGGCCGUUCCCUCACAGCAGCAACAGCAGCCGGACCAGGCGCAGCAGAACCAGCAGCAGCAAUCACAGCAGCAGCCACCGCAGCAGCAGCAGCAGCCUCCACAGGGGCAGACCAGCCAGGCACAGUCCCACCCGGUGCCUGUGCCGCAGCAGUACCAAGUGCCACACACCACCCAGGCCUCCACCCCCAUGGUGCCAGCCUCCCAGGGUGCCGUGCCCCUCCAGCCCACCACCCACAUGGCGGGGGUGCCCACCACCCAGGGCCAGGCCAACCUGCCCUACCCCCCACACUCCCAGCCAGCCCCCCUCCAGGGCCAGCUGCAGUCCCAGAUGAGCCAGGGCUACGCCCCCGGCACCCAGGCCCCGGGCCAAAUCCACCCCUCCCCCUCCCCCCAUACGCCCCCACAAGCCCAGCCCCUGCAGCCCCCACCCCUGCAGCAGGCCCCGCCCCAGCUGCAGCCCCAGGUCAGCCAGCCCAGCAUGGUGCAGCAGCCGGCAGUGAGUGCCAGUGGUGGGGUCAUGGUGCCCCCUGCCUCCCUCAGCCAGCCCCCCCCGCCCCCGCCCCCCAUGACCUCCCAGAACCUGCCCCAGCAGCCACCUCAGCAGGCCCCUACCCAGCAGGGGCUUUCCGGCCAAAGUGUGCCUCAGUCUGGGGUGAUGGCCCAGCCCCUCCAGCCCGGGGUGAUGCCCACCCUUACUGGCCAGAGCCUGCCCAAGCCUGGGGUGCCACACCAGCCCACACCAGUAUUGAGUCAGCCCCAGACCACCCUUCCCCAGAAGCCUGUGGCCCAGCCCCAGCUCAGCCAGCCCCUGCCCACCCAAACCCUGGCGGGGGCACAGCAGCUGCCUCCGCUGGCCACCUCACAGCAGCUGCCUGUCAGCCAGCAGGUGGGGGCCACCCUGGUGCCUGCCACAGCAGCCAUGGGGGCCACGCAGCAGAUGCCCACUGCCUCCUCUGCAGCCCCGGCUGUCAAGCCCGCGGGGCUGGUGCCUACCCCAGCCACCACGCCAGCCCAGCCCCAGACCCACCACAACAUGGGCGCUGCUACAGGAGCUGCGGCUGGGGCCCCCGAGCAAGCACAGUCCAGCCUGCCACAGCCCCAGAAGCCUCCCACCAACCUGGAGGGCAUCCCCCUCAGUGGCCAGCCCCAGGAGGAGGGCGCCACCAACGCCACGCCCCCUGCCCAGCAGGAUGAUGAGAGGUGAGUACUGCACCUUGCUGUUGUUGCUGCU